CUCCGAUUGGGAACGGCUGGUCAACAUGCCUGUGGUUCAUAUGCUGGACUAUGCCGCUGGCAACAUUCGAUCACUGGUCAAUGCCGUGGAAAAGCUCGGCUGGCAAGUCGAAUGGAUCAAGGAUCCCAAGGACAUUGAAAAAGCCGCGACUCUCAUACUGCCUGGUGUGGGCCACUUUGGUCACUGCCUGACACAAUUCUCUAAUGCCGGAUUUGUCGAGCCGGUCCGAGAACACAUUCGUUCUGGCAAGCCAUUCAUGGGCAUAUGUGUUGGUCUGCAAGCGCUUUUUGAAGGAUCCGCAGAAAACGACAAAGUGCCCGGACUCGGCAUCAUCAAGGGACGACUGGAGCGAUUUCGGGAUGACGACAAGAGUGUUCCGCAGAUUGGUUGGAACUCCGCGAACACUUCUGCCAGCGACCAAAGUAUAUAUGGCAUGCGACCUGAUAGCAAGUACUACUAUGUCCACUCAUAUGCUGUGCCGUACCGGGAAGGGCAGUUUGAGCAAGACGGCUGGACUGUCGCUAAGGCUCGCUACGGCAACGAGGAAUUCGUGGGAGCCAUUGCCAAAGACAAUGUCCUAGCCACGCAAUUCCACCCCGAGAAGAGUGGUGCUGCAGGUCUGAGAGUUCUGAAAGCAUUUCUGGAAGGAGUGAAGUCUGCACCACUUUCAAAGGAGCUUUUUUCAACCAAGGAGGGACUGACGAGAAGAAUCAUCGCGUGUCUCGACGUUCGCAGCAACGACCAAGGCGACCUCGUUGUGACGAAAGGUGACCAGUACGAUGUUCGCGAAAAGUCGGGCGACAACGCAGUCCGAAAUCUCGGCAAGCCAGUGGAGAAAGCUCAACAAUACUACGAGCAAGGCGCAGACGAAGUCACUUUCCUCAACAUCACAUCCUUUCGAGACACGCCACUCAAAGACCUGCCCAUGCUCGAAGUUCUGCGGCAGACUUCUGCCACAGUGUUCGUGCCUCUCACAAUUGGCGGGGGCAUUCGUGAUACCACGGAUCCCGAGACCGGCCGUGUAGCACCCGCUCUUGAGGUCGCGACCCUCUAUUUCAAGAGUGGCGCUGAUAAAGUCUCCAUCGGCUCUGAUGCUGUCACAGCAGCCGAAGAAUAUUAUUCCAACAAUAAGCAACUUUCCGGAAAGACGGCCAUCGAGACCAUUAGCGAGGCGUACGGAGCCCAAGCAGUCGUUGUUUCGGUCGAUCCAAAACGCGUGUACGUCUCCGACCCAAGCACCACAACUCACAAUCUGGUGAAUACAUCCUUCCCGGGGCCUAAUGGCGAGAAGCACUGCUACUAUGCCUGCACCAUUCGAGGAGGCCGCGAGACACGUGACCUUGACGUGGUCCAACUCGUCACUGCUGUAGAAGCCAUGGGUGCUGGCGAAAUUCUCCUGAACUGCAUUGAUAAAGAUGGUACCAACUCUGGCUUCGAUCUCGAGUUGAUUCGCAGUGUCAAAGCUGCAGUGAAGAUUCCCGUGAUUGCAAGUUCUGGAGCAGGUAAUGCCGAUCACUUCAAGGAAGUAUUUGAAAAGACCAAUGUUGAUGCCGCGCUCGGAGCGGGGAUGUUUCACCGUGGGGAGUGGACUGUGAAGCAAGUCAAAGAAGAGCUGGGCAAGACGGGGUUGAUGGUUAGGAGGUUUGAGGAGACCAUUUGAGUGUCAUAUCCGAGACUGGCAACAUACCUACCUAUACAGACACAUAUGCAAAGCGCUCCAUUUAUUUCAG